AUGCAGGGCAGCAAGGACUUGCCGACCUGCGAGACAAGCGGUCCUUGCCGCACGUACAUGCUAACCGAUCCGAAUCGGAGGAGCUUGCGCAGAAGCUGCUUCCCUAGCGAGCUUCAGGUCUCCCUGGGCUGCCGCCGUGAAAAAGUGGAACAGUACCACGAAACGACAUGGGAAUGCUACUGUAACAGCGAUCUGUGCAACAAUUUGGAUGACGCCUCGCUGAAGGCCAAGGCGGCCACCUCAGCCGUCCCGUACCUCAUCGCCAUCGCCGUCGUCGGCGCCAAGCUGAUCGCCUUUUUC